UUCAUUUGUCUUCUACUUCUAACGGAAAGUGGAAAUUUCAGUCUCCAAAGUAUAAAAACAAUAAAAACAAAUCCGGAAAUGUCUUUUUUAAAUCAAAAUAGUGUCUGGAAUGAGCACAUAGUGGUUGAUAACAUACUAUAUAGAGGCGGUCGUUUAUUAACAGAAGAAAACAUGGAGAAUAUAAAGGUUUAUAGUGUCAACCAGUGCAAAAGUCGUAGAUAUCUUGUAUACACAUGUGAUCAUUCAAAAUUAUGUGGGGGCUGGGGUGACCGUCAGAAGGGCAUUGUAUCAUCAUUUCUAUUGGCACUACUGACUAAUAGGACUUUUAUCAUCAAUAUGACAGAUCCAUGCCAACUAGAAAACUUCCUCCUGGCUAAUGUUUACAACUGGUCAAUAUGUAGUAAUUAUGUAAGAACUCUUCCUAAGAAAAAGUUUAGUAUCUUCAGUUAUGUGGUAGGUGGUAGAAAAUUUUUGAAGCAAAUUAAAGACUUCAAUUUUGACAGGAAUUGGACAGCACAAGUUGUAAAUUUGCGAUUCAAUGCAAAUGUUAUUGAUCAGAUAAGACAACACAAUCAAGCUAAAGUACGACUAAACUGGCUGUUGAAUACUACAAACGAGGAGGUUAUUCCUAAAGUACUGCACACUUUAUUUCAACCACAUCAAAGAAUUCUGGAUGAUGCUGUCAAGCUUCACAUGAACACGAUACAUGGCAAACAUUUAGUGUGCAGUCAUAUCCGCAAGGGAAAGAAUCCCAGUAUUCCUGAAGAUAGCAAACGUCCUAAAGGAACUCCAAAUGAGACUUUGAUUUUUGACUUUUUGAAAAUGUAUAGUGAUGACAGAAAAUACACUAUCUAUAUUGCAACUGAUUCGGAUGAAGUUAGAAGACAAGCUGAAGCAAAUAUCAGAUCAUAUAUUAACACUAACCGAGCAAUUGUUCAUGUUGAUCGACUUGGAAAACUGAAAAAGUAUAAGGAAGUAGCUUGUGAAGGAUUUUAUACAGUAAUUUUUGAGCAGUUUAUACUAUCGCUCUGUGACAUACUUGUUUUAACUCGAAGUAAUUUUGGUGGUAUUGCAGCAUAUAUAAGAGGCAUUUCAGACAAUCUUUACUUGUAUAAUCAGAAAACUGAUACAAUACUUCCAUCCAACUUAACUUAUAUGCAACGCGUAUUCAAAUUUAUUUAAAGUCGGACUGUAGCGAUGGAUCACUUUAAUCAUUGGCAAAUGUGUCAGAAACAAACACACAGACUUACCGUUUUAUUUCAUGUCAUAUCAUAGGUCAUAUGUUUAUAUACAUCUGUGAGAAGUUUCAUUAAAAUCUAAAUUGUAAAAGAAUUCUAUUCGUGGAGUUGUUGUGAAACUUGUGACUUUCCCAUAGACUCCCAUUAUGAAACCUUUCGUGACGUCCUAA